ACUGGCACCUUAAGCGGCGACAUCAGCACCUGUAGCGAGCGCGGCUGCUUGAGCACCGAUACUGUGGACGUCACGGUGGGCAGCACCGUCAGUGCCGUAGCGGCCGGCGAGGCCUUAGCCCACGGAGGCUCCAUUCAGCAGGAAUGCGAAGACAUCGACUCUCAGUACACCGGCACCUUGACCAUCACCUGCGCCUUGGGCGCUGUCUCCUUGUCCGACAUGUCGUGCAGCGUGAAACCUUGUGAGCCUUGGCAUUUUGUGGCAGCUACCUUGGAGGGCGCUUCAGGUCUCUUGUACCCCAGCGCGCAGAUCCUGGAUGGAAACUCAGGCCUUGGGCUUACCUGGGGCAGAUCUCGGGUUCAUGGGAAGAAGAUCUAAAAAGGCUUUCAGCUGACCUGCAACAAUGGCAUGCUGGAGGCGGGCUCUUCUGCGGCGUGUCGGCAAACCUGCUCUACCUACGGCUCCAGCACCACUGUCACUGUGGAUGGGCAAAGCUAUAGCGUGGUGCCAGCGGCACGCAUCGACCACAACGCCGACGGGACGCAGGCCUGUGGCAACGUGCUUUAUGGCUAUGGCGGCGAAGUCUCAUUGCAUUGUGACGAUGGCACUUUGACGGUGAACAGUCACAACUGUGUACCGGAGCCCUGCCCCGUCGGUCUUUUGAUGCAGGGCACCAUUUAUGGCGUCACUGGCAUCACGGAACUCUUGACCGACACCGCGCACGGCGCGAGCGCGGAGAUGAGUUGCUACAGCAUCAACCCAGAGACCACGGGCACGUUCCUGGCGAACUGCCGGGGAGCUCAGGAAGGAGAUGUCACAGUGACCUGUGGAGCCUUGGGCACUUACAGCGGCAGCCCGAGCACGCCGAAGGCAGCAGCUUCAGUGCUUCGAAGUCUGGUUUCUCUGGACAAAGCACCACGUGAGGAGCUGAGGACGGCGUUGGUGCCCUCUGACAUCACUCAUGGCUCCAGCAGCACUUUGGGCUGCUCCAACGUCCACCAGGCGCGGAGCGGCCUCCAAGCCAGUCCCGUGCUGGGUGAAGCGUUGAACAGCUUAGCCUCGACGACACGGAGCUGCGAGUCGGCCGUCGCAGGCCACAACGGCGACCUCACUGUGCUCUGCAGCGGAGGCGUGCUGGUGGCCGAUCAGAGUGGCUGCAGCCCGCGUGGAUGCUCAGCCAUCACCCCGGCUGUGCAGGUGGUCGUGGGCGGCUCCACACGGGAAUUCUCCACCAGCAAGGCGAUGGCACAUGGCGAGCAGUUCACGGCAGAAUCCUGUUCCAACAUCGACAGUGGCUACGAGGGCGUGCUCAAUGUGACUUGCCAUUUAGGUAGCCUCGUGGCCAACAGCUGCACGCCCAAACCUUGCCAAGACACCAUGAAGUAUGUCACCCAUGCAGGCCUCAAUCUGGUGGCACGGCUCAAUGCAGCAUCUUUAGGCACCACCUCACCGGCGCCCAGUGGCUUUGAGGCCACUGGCAGCUGUGGCAUCUUUGAUGAACUGCUGAUUGGCACGUUUAGCGUCUCCUGUUUGGCAGGAACCUAUGGCUUGGAUUUGGGCAACUGCUACCUGAACAGCUGUGAGCUGCCCAGUGCUGCCAUGGUGCAUUUAGGCACCCAGCAGCAGGUGGUCAGUUUGCAGACCAAGAAUCCCGAAGGAGGCCAGGAGAGCUUCGACUGUUCCACAGUGAGUGCUGACUACAGCGGCCAGGGUCAACUGGUUUGUAUCGGGGGCCGGCUGUACAGCAGCGUGGCUGGCUGCAGCGCUUCCGGCGGAAGCUCCGCUUGCAGUGCCGAUGCACGUGCUGCAACGCAGAAGGAUGGUGUUUGGACGGUCUAUCAUCCCUCUGGCGAAUUGCAAGAUGGCCAGUCCGAGGUGGUACCAUGCCAGAACAUGACCGGUUUCCUUGGAGACGCAGUGGCCAGCUGUACUCAGGGCAUUUUCCGUGUGGAUGUCAACAACUGCCAGCCUCAGGCAUGUGGCACUGACGUCGCGGUGCGGGUCCAGCUGGGCCCCAACGUCUACAGCAUCAAACCCAGCUCAGAAGCGUCCAGUGGAUCGUCCUGGACAGUGCUUUGUUCCACUCUGGACACCGAGUACGAAGGCGAGAUCACCGUGAGCUGCUUACGCGGUACGAUGAGCGCCACGGGCUUCUGCAAGGAGUUGAGCUGCGGAACCGAGAUGAGGCAGUUGACCUACAGUGGCGCCAGCAUUGACAUCGAGCUUUCGGGUGCCACGGUCACCGCGGCGGAUGCGCGCACGCCCAGCAACUUCUCCAACAGCUCAGUGGCCUGCAGCGCGCUGGCCGCUGCACUGAAUGGCUUGGCCAGUGUGUCGUGCCAGAAGGGUGUCUACACGCUUGAUGCCUCCGGCUGCUCCGUUGGAGAUUGCCAGCCGGGCAACAUGAAGACACCCAUGGGCAGCAGGGAGAUCACCCUCUCAGUGGACCAAUCCAUGCCGCAUGCAAGCAGCAGCACCAGGAGCUGUGCAUCGGUGAUGUUCGGCUGGGUCGGCAGCUUCCAGACAGGGUGUAACUUUACACAGCUGGUGCCCGACAGCAGCGGUUGUACACCUGCUUCCUGCGCAGCAGGCCAAGCAGUGACGGUUGUGGUGGGAAGCACGGUCUCAGAGACCGCGAUCCCAUCGCAAUUGCAGGGCUUUGAGUCGACGAUGAUGAAUUGCUCCACCUUCGACAGCACCUACCAGGGACAGCUCAGCAUCCGCUGCGAAGCGGCGGUGCUUUUGACGGAUGUCACCGGCUGUAGCCCGGUGGUGCAGGAGGGGCAAGUGCAGCAGGCGGUGAAGGUGGUAGAGUCGGCGGUGGCCUUCGCCCUGCCGACCAUCCAGGGCGCUAGCCAGGAGGACCUCCAGGCAGCCAUGGACACGCCUAGCACCAAGCGGGCCUAUGCCGCCACACUGGCAGCCAGUCUGGGACUGGCGAACCAGGAGGACAUCAUCAUCCUCUUUAUCCAAGUCUUGGAAUCGGUGGCGGAG